AUGGUUCACAAGGAAUGCACGGAGAGGCUUGUUCUUUCUGGAAGGUAAAUAUAAAACCUGCUUAGUCAUCACUCGCUGCUCUUUAACCUCUGUUCGAGGCCAACAAAUAUUGAAAGUAUUAACGUUUGUCAUGUCGGAUAAAAACGUUAUAAAUGUGCAAUGCCAAGAUCUGUUUAGUUGUUACGCCAACUAACAACUGAUGCCUUUAUUUUUGUGUUAUCGUAUAGUUUCUUUCCUUCAAAAUCGUCAGUCUUAUCACGACGUAACAUUUUUUUGGUAGGCGGACAUGUCCCAUGUACCGUGGUGAUAUCGGUAAUAAUGAUGCUGACCAAGUGGCCGCGGAAAACACGCCCCACCGGAGUGACAGUAAUGGUGACCUGGCGACUGCGGAAAAUACGCCCCAGCAGAGUGACAGUAAUGGUGACUUGGCGAUUGCGGAAAAUACGCCCCAGCAUAGUGACAGUAAUGGUGACCUGGCGACUGCGGAAAAUACGCCCCAGCAUAGUGACAGUAAUGGUGACUUGGCGACUGCGGAAAAUACGCCGCAGCAUAGUGACAGUAAUGGGGACCUGGCGACUGCGGAAAAUACGCCCCAGCAUAGUGACAGUAAUGGUGACCUGGCGAUUGCGGAAAAUACGCCCCAGCAUACUGACAGUAAUGGUGACCUGGCGACUGCGGAAAAUACGCUCCGGCAUAGUGACAGUAAUGGUGACCUGGCGACUGCGGAAAAUACGCCCCAGCAUAGUGACAGUAAUGGUGACCUGGCGACUGCGGAAAAUACGCCUCAGCAUAGUGACAGUAAUGGUGACCUGGCGACUGCGGAAAAUACGCCCCAGCAGAGUGACAGUAAUGGUGACUUGGCGACUGCGGAAAAUACGCCCCAGCAUAGUGACAGUAAUGGUGACCUGGCGACUGCGGAAAAUACGCCCCAGCAUAGUGACAGUAAUGGUGACCUGGCGACUGCGGAAAAUACGCCCCAGCAUAGUGACAGUAAUGGUGACCUGGCGACUGCGGAAAAUACGCCACAGCAGACUGUUCCCUCUAAAACGUCUAACGUUAAGGGUCUAUUUGAUACAGUGUGGACAAGCACAAAGAGCUGUUGUUCAAGGAAGUUCGCGCGUCAGUCCGUCGAUACAACGUCAGAAGACAGUGGAACAUCGUCGGGAAUUGACGCCUUAUAA